AGCCACAAAAGAAAGCUGUCCCUUCAGCACCACGGACCUCCAACGACCCAGUAUUGAGAAGCGGGAGGCUGGGCAACAGGCGGGGAGCUGUCCGUUCAGCACCACGGACCUCAGCCCUCCGACGCAAGUGGCCGGCCCCCGCCCCAGGACUCUCCCUUUUCUCCAGUUUGCGCGGGGGUGUGGAGAGCAGGCGGAGAGCUUUCCUGGGAGGCUGGGGAAGCAGUGAACACUCUUCUCAGCGACUCGCCUCCUAGCAGAGCUAUUUUUUGCCAUCCGCCCUCACCCCCAGCACACGCGCUCGCACACACGCACGCACACGCGCGCAUACACACACACAAACACACACUCACACACAUACACACGCACACACAUACACACGUACACACACACACACACACACACACACACACACACACACACACACACACACACACACUCACACACCAGACCUCUCUGGGUUUCUUUUGCCUUGAGUCUCCCGGGGCUGUGAGAAACCAGGCGCAUCUCAAACCAAGCCGGCAGCUCCAAGCUCCGAAGCCAUGCCCUGCACAAACGCUAGUCCUCACCAAGCUCCUGAGGAAUGAAAGCAACCCAGGAAUCCUCUGACCGCAGCAGUGAUGUGGACCAACCCCCUGGAGCCCGCACCCUCCCGAGGGCCAUAGAGGACUCAGGGAACUGGAGAGAGCUCAAGACAGGAAAUCCCAGCUUUCCCAAAGUCCCCGUGGAUGCUGACAAAAGGAGAUCUGGAUUUUUGGAAGAGGCCGUCCUAGGUUACCCAGCUGCAGAGUGAUUCUCCCAGUCUGUCACUGAAUCUACCCCUCCAACCCCCAGCCGUUCAGAGUACCAUGAAGAAUUAUGAGGAUGUGUGACAGAGGUAUCCAGAUGUUGAUCACCACUGUAGGAGCCUUCGCAGCUUUCAGUUUAAUGACCAUUGCGGUGGGCACGGACUACUGGCUAUAUUCCAGAGGUGUGUGCAGGACUAAAUCUACAAGUGACAAUGAAACCAGCAGGAAAAAUGAAGAAGUAAUGACCCACUCCGGGUUGUGGAGGACCUGCUGCUUAGAAGGGGCUGUGAGGGCCUCCAGUGUCUUCCCCAUCCUCAGCGUCACUCUGCUGUUUUUCGGGGGACUCUGUGUGGCUGCCAGCGAGUUCCACCGCAGUAGGCACAGUGUUAUCCUCAGCGCCGGCAUCUUCUUCGUCUCUGCAGGGCUAAGCAACAUCAUCGGCAUCAUAGUUUAUAUCUCAGCCAAUGCUGGAGACCCUGGGCAGAGGGACUCUAAAAAGAGCUACUCCUACGGCUGGUCCUUUUAUUUUGGAGCCUUCUCUUUCAUCAUCGCGGAAAUUGUGGGUGUGGUCGCCGUGCACAUCUAUAUUGAGAAGCAUCAGCAGCUGCGCGCCAGAUCCCAUUCAGAGCUCCUGAAGAAGUCUACAUUUGCGCGCCUACCGCCCUACAGGUAUAGAUUCCGAAGACGGUCAAGUUCUCGCUCCACUGAACCUAGAUCCCGAGACCUGUCUCCCAUCAGCAAAGGCUUCCACACCAUCCCUUCCACUGACAUCUCCAUGUUCACCCUGUCCCGGGACCCCUCUAAGCUUACCAUGGGGACCCUUCUCAACUCUGACCGGGACCAUGCUUUUCUACAGUUCCACAACUCCACACCCAAAGAGUUCAAAGAGUCGUUGCAUAACAAUCCGGCCAACAGACGUACCACGCCUGUCUGAGCUGACCUCUGACCUCUGCCCCGCCGCCCAGCACAGCCUUGGGGGAAGUGUACACAGAUGUCUCUAAGGUUGCAUGGCAUGGUCCUCGUGAUGGUAUCACUUCUUACAAAGAACGAAACCAAAUGGACUCCGCCCCCUCCCACAGUGGUCCCUCAUCCCCUAGACCUUGACCCGUCCACCUCCUCUGACUUUUCUCGCUGGUCCCUUAAUGUUACCCCUCACUGUGUAUCUGUGCCAAGUGUUUUCUUUUCUUCCUUCUUUGCUGGAAGGACCACGACAUUCUUCCCUCCUUGGGAAAGGACUUGACUAAAGUCGAAGGUGCAGUCAUAGCAGUGGGGGAUUUCCAAAUCCCCUGUCGGUUGUAUGCAUAGCUGUUCCCAUUGUCCACCCACACAAACUCUCCGUGAAACCCACCACACAGGUGGCCCUGAGAGAGGCAUUCACCUUUAAGUGUUAGAAAAACAUGACCAGAAAUCAGAUGUCAGUGCCCCGAAGCAGCUCAUGUUAUAAUAAGCACUCGUGUUAUUAAAGGUUUUUGCCUUGUAACCAAUGGA